AUGGACUGCAUCCUUCAUAAUGGCACUCCCCACUGUGUUGACCCCUGUGAUGACUACACUGUACUGAAUGAUGAAUGGCGAUCUACAAGUUUAAGUGGAAAUGGAGUCCGUUGUGAUCGAGAUAUCAACUGGCAAGGCUGGUAUCGCAUGUUUCAGGGGCAAACCAGUGCUCGUAUCCCAGAGAGGUGUAUAGGCCCAAACAGGUGUGGGACACAAGCUCCUCUGUAUUUAGCUGAACCUCAUCCCACACAGUCAGGCGUGAUUGUCAAUCGCACUGUGUGCAAUUCCUGGGACGGCAGUUGCUGCAAGUUCCCAAAUCACCAAAUCCAAGUAAAACGCUGCAGUGGAGGCUUCUAUGUCUACAAACUUGUAGCACCAAGCACAUGUAAUCUUGCAUACUGUUCAGGCAUGGACUGCAUCCUUCAUCAUGGCACUCCCCACUGUGCUGACCCCUGUGAUGACUACACUGUACUGAAUGAUGAAUGGCGAUCUACAAGUUUAAGUGGAAAUGGAGUCCGUUGUGAUCGAGAUAUCAACUGGCAAGGCUGGUAUCGCAUGUUUCAGGGGCAAACCAGUGCUCGUAUCCCAGAGAGGUGUAUAGGCCCAAACAGGUGUGGGACACAAGCUCCUCUGUAUUUAGCUGAACCUCAUCCCACACAGUCAGGCGUGAUUGUCAGUCGCACUGUGUGCAAUUCCUGGGACGGCAAUUGCUGCAAGUUCCCAAAUCACCAAAUCCAAGUAAAACGCUGCAGUGGAGGCUUCUAUGUCUACAAACUUGUAGCACCAAGCACAUGUAAUCUUGCAUACUGUUCAGGUAAUGCUCUUAUUAAAACAUCCUCGCACAGGGAGAAGGGUGGAAUUUCUGGUUUGGGCAGCCGAGCGAGUGUCGCCAUGUCUCUGUACCGUAGCCCCGCCUUCAGUGACACUUACCCACCAGGGUUGGUGACCCUCCCAGUGGACUCCGCAUUGUAUGUGGGGGUCUCUGUGGAGAACAGGGGUCCAGACUUUGCUGUUAUUCUGGAGGACUGUUUCGCAAGUCACUCUCUAAGCCCUCAAUCUCCUGAGAAAUACCCUUUAAUCCAGAACAGGUGUCCCGUUGACCCUCGGCAGGUGGAGGUGAUUGAGAACGGCAGAUCAACUCGGGCUCGUUUCUCUGCUCUGUUUUUCCUCCCAAAUGGAAAACACGAAGACGUGUAUCUUCACUGCAACCUCACCCUCUGUGACAUGAGGAAGUACAGCUGCUUCACUGUGAGUCUCAAAUUUCACUUCAUCAGCAUCAGAAUCUGUCCAUCCGUCUGA